CCCUCUUUAUAUAAACACCCACCACUGUUCUUCAAAGCCUCACAAACUGAGGGCUGGUGGGUGCCACGUGUUUGAGCCACCGAAGUCAUUCUCGGCAUUCCGGCACAAUGGCCUCAAGCGCCGCCGCAGACGGGCUCUUUCGGCCGAUCUACGAGGGUUGCAUCUCCGCCUACGACAACGACAUAGAGCGGCGCCCCUAUCACCGCAACUGCAGCUGCGCGCUCCACAGCAAGUCGCGCCGCCGCAAACCCUGCUCGAACAAGUCGCCGCGCUGCAACAGCGUUUCGUAUCCCAUACGGCGGGCCUGGAGCGAAGGGAGCUUGGUCUUGUCCACCUCCGCGCAUUCCUCUCCGUCUUCCUCCCCCGGCGCGCCCAGGCCUCAACACGAAGAAGAGAGACAUAGUCACAACAAAUUAGAGGUUUUAUUUGAGAUGUAAUGUAACCAUUAACCACCCUCUUUUUGAUCAAAAAUAACUCUUCUUUUCUUUUCUUUUCUUUUCUUUUCCCUCUUUAGUUUUGAAUAAUUUGGGUCCUUUUCUGUUGAGGUCUUGGUAAUACUUUUAAGUAAAGUGGCUUUGAUUUGUUCUAGGUUGUUGUUGGUUUGUAUUGAUUUAUUUGCCAUUUUGGUAUGGAAUCCCACGAUCAUGUUCUUGUAAGGAAGCUAAUUAUUUUUUAUCAAUAUAUUAAUCUUUUAGUGUA